CUCUCCUCUCCUGAUCACUAUCCUUUUGCAAUGGACUCGGACAAGAGUGGCGAAGCAGCAAAAAUCACUAUUCAAGAACCAAAAGCAGACACUAAAGGAAAAGGCAUUGAUGGUGCUUUUAUUGCACCUGUAAUGGUCGCAGCAAAAGCUGCCCAGCGCCCGCGAAAAGGAUGGAAAAAAGGCGUAGCCAUUGUCGACUUGGUUCUCAGGCUGUCUGCCAUUGUCGCUGGUUUUGCUGCCACUAGCCUUAUGGCGACAACGGAUGAGACUCUUCCUUUUUUCACCCAGUUCCUUCAGUUCCAUGCUCAGUAUAAUGAUCUCCCAACUUUCUCGUUUUUCCUGAUCGCUAACGCCAUAACCAGUGGAUACCUUGUUCUUACCUUGCCCUUCUCAAUAGUCUGCAUCGUUCGGCCUCGUGCAGCAGGACCAAGGCUCCUCCUUAUCAUCCUCGAUUCCGUGAUGAUGGGACUAACAACAUCAGCUGCUUCUGCUUCUGCUGCCAUUGUGUACUUAGCUCAUAAUGGGAAUUCAAGCUCGAAUUGGAAUGCUUUUUGUCUCCAAUUUAAUAAUUUCUGCCAGCAGGUUAGCAGUGCUGUGGUGGCUUCCUUCGUAGUAUCAGCCUUGCUCCUUUGUCUGGUUGUGUUGUCUGCUUUUGCUCUUCGAAAAAUGAAGUAAUCAUCGAUCAUAAGGGACUUGGUUGGCAUUGUUGUAUAUAUUAAGGGUCUUAAUUUUCUGUUUUUACAGUGCUUCAGAAAGAAAGAAGACAAGAGGAAGGAUGUAAUGUAAUUUCAUUUCUCCUGUCCGUUGGGGGUUGGCAUGGAUGCCUUGCAUCUCUAAUAUGCAGGCAGUUGUGUGUAUGAUUUGUUGUGGAUAUAUGAUAGAUCAUUUUCUGAAAAGUGAUUUUUCUUU